GCUAACUUGAUAAGCAUAUUCUAUUCAAAGAAACAGAGGAAGAGGAACUGAGGCUUCCACAGAGACAAAGCUUUGGUUGGUUCAGCAAUGGCGAGUGGCGUGGAGGAAGUUAGGAACAAGCAGGUGAUAUUGAAGGACUAUGUGUCUGGCAAUCCCAAAGAGUCAGACAUGUACGUGACAACCAGUUCCAUAAAGCUCAAGGUUCCUCAAGGCUCAAAAGCAGUGCUGCUCAAGAACCUCUACUUGUCAUGUGACCCUUAUUUGAGGAUCCGAAUGGGUAGAAUUCAAGGCUCUAAUGUCUUCACUUCCUUCACUCCUGGUUCUCCACUAAGCGGGUUUGGAGUCGCUAAGGUUUUGGAUUCUGGGCACCCGGAAUUUAAGGAAGGUGACUUGGUUUGGGGAACAACAGGAUGGGAAGAGUAUAGUCUUAUCACAGAACCAGAACAGUUCUUUAAAAUCCACCACACUGAUGUGCCCGUGUCCUACUACACUGGCCUUCUUGGUAUGCCGGGUAUGACUGCCUUUGCAGGUUUUCAUGAAGUCUGUUCGCCUAAGAAAGGAGAUCGUGUGUUCAUUUCUGCAGCAGCUGGUGCAGUUGGCCAGCUUGUAGGGCAAUUUGCAAAGUUGAUGGGGUGUUAUGUUGUUGGAAGUGUUGGAAGUAAAGAGAAGGUCGAUCUACUAAAGAACAAGCUAGGGUUUGAUGAGGCUUUUAAUUAUAAAGAAGAGCAAGACCUUGAUGCUGCUUUGAAAAGGCAUUUCCCUGAAGGCAUUGACAUUUAUUUCGAGAAUGUUGGAGGAAAAAUGCUGGAUGCUGUGCUUCUUAAUAUGAGACCUCAUGGUCAAAUUUCUGUGUGUGGAUUGAUCUCACAUUACAAUCUCAACCAGCCACAAGGCUUUAGCAAUCUUCUGUCUCUAAUCUACAAUCGGAUCCGUAUGGAAGGCUUUGUUGUUUUCGAUUAUUUCCAUCUGUAUCCCAAUUUCUUGGACAUGGUCAUACCAUACAUCAGAGAAGGAAAGAUAGUAUAUCUGGAAGACAUAACUCAAGGCCUUGAGAGUGCUCCAGCAGCUCUUGUGGGACUUUUUAGUGGCAGAAAUGUUGGAAAACAAGUAGUUUUGGUUUCCCAUGAAUGAUUGGCCCUCUUGUAUAUAUUACUUCUCGAGCCAUGCUUUUCAUUGGAGAACUUGAUCUAAUCUGCAUUUUGAUGAUCCACUAUUAAAUUGUGCUUAUAACUUUUUUUUUUCCUCCUUUUGGGUCUGUAAAUAAAAACUCCAAUAUUGAUAUUGGCAAAAAUUUAUCGGAAACACGUCGACGACAA